UAUGAAUUUUAUUGUAAAAUAAAACUAAAUUUGAAUUUAGAACGGAGACAGUAGCAGGCGGCCAUGGAGGAAUCCGUUAGAGAAGUGCUUUACGAAGCACUUCAUCACGCGUCCGGGCCUUUCACUUCCAAUUAUCCUCCUAUUCCUCUCCAACAGUCAAGUGAAGCUGAUAAAGGCGGUUUCUUAUCGUUUCUUUCCGCUAGAGGUGUAAGUCAGCUUAAAGAGAAAUGGGUUGGCUCCAAGAAUCCGAAGAAGAUAAAAAGACCAGUGGCUUUGAUUGUAUCCCCUAGAGGCGAGCGUGUUGCUGUGGCUGCUGGAAAUCAAGUCACUAUAUUGUGCAAGGAGGAGGAUUACCUGGAGCCUUUUGGCAUUUUUACUAGUACUAGCAUUAUUUCAUGUACCUGUGGAGCUUGGUCAGAAUCUCAUGAUAUUCUUGGAUUUGUUGAUGAUGCUGAUGUAAUAUAUUUUAUUAAGGCAAAUGGUGAAGAAAUAACAAGGAUUACCUCAAAGCAUCUAAAAGUAUCUUCAAAAGUAAUUGGUCUAAUUGCACCGGAUGAUUCUGAUGUGAAGCAAUCUUUCUUGUGUAGCUUCACUGUUUUGACAUCUGACGGAGCUUUUCAUCAUAUUGAGAUCAGUCAUGACCCAAGGGCCUCUAUUUUCUCCACAAUCAACAGGGACUUAGCUUUAAAAAGGCAAUUCCUUCAGAAUGUUUUCUGCUUUGACUAUUAUCCAGAAUCUUCUUUUCUUGUUAUUGUUGGUGGUGCUGGUGGCAGCGCAAUUACUACUGAUAGGAAAUCUGGGUCCUGUUAUCUUUCUCUUUGGCGUAAAGGUCGGGAUUUGGUUUUGGACCCAGUAGCCUCUACUCAAUUUGAGGGCUUUUACGAUGAACUAAAAGAUUAUGCAGCUCAUCUUGCUUACCCAAAGGUGUUAAUCUCACCCCAAGGGAACUAUAUUGCCGCUUGUAUGAAUGGAUGUUUGCAUAUCUUUAAGCUGGAUAAAGAAAGCUAUUUGGUUACAAAUUUUGCUUUCGAAGUGAGAACUAAUUCUCAAGUGACUGAUAAACUGUUAAAUGAAUGCUCAGAAAAUUUAGCCAAAAUUGUUGAUUUUACUUGGUGGUCUGACCACAUUCUCACUCUUGGUAAAAGAAAUGGCUUUGUUACUAUGCUUGACAUUCUUAGUGGUCUGAAACUAACAGAGAAUGAACCUGUAUAUUCUCAGCCUGUUUUAGAAAGGGUGCAUCAGUUUGAAGGAUAUCUUUUUGUUUUAGAGAGUUUAUCAUCUGAAGGUGGGCUUGAUUUAUCUAAUGGUAAUAGAAUAACAAAUGAGUUGCAUCAACAAGAGGAAACUUAUGAAGAUGCAUCCAAGCAAUCUGACAUUUCUAAGUUGCGUUGGAGUUUGAUAUCAUUCUCAGAGAGAUCUGUUCCUGAAAUGUAUAAGAUGCUAAUUGAUAAUUCCAAGCAUCAAGCUGCCUUGGACUUUGCUGAUCGUCAUGGAUUAGACAGGGAUGAAGUUCUAAAAUCACAGUGGUUAGGUUCUGACCAGGGAUUCAAUGAAAUAAAUGCAUUUCUGUCAAACAUUAAAGAUAAAGCUUUUGUGCUUUCUGAGUGUGUAAAUAAAGUUGGAGCAUCGGAAGAAGCAGCAAAGGCUUUACUUGCAUAUGGCCUGCAGAUAACUAGCAAAUUCAAAUUUUCUGAAUCAAACAACCAAGAAUCUGACGAGAUUUGGGAUUUCCGUAUGUCUAGACUUCAGCUGUUGCAAUUCCGUGACAGGUUGGAAACGUUUCUUGGGAUAAACAUGAGCAGGUUUUCCAUGCAGGAGUAUAGCAAAUUCCGUGUUAUGCCAAUGAAUGAAGCAGCCAUUAGACUUGCUGAAAAUGGAAAAAUUGGGGCUUUAAACCUCCUGUUCAAGCGUCAUCCAUAUUCACUGGUUCAUUUCAUGUUAGAUAUCUUGGCUGCUAUUCCUGAAACAAUUCCUGUGCAAACAUAUGUGCAGCUGCUUCCUGGGAAGUCACCUCCAGGAAGUACCACUAUGAGGGAAGAAGAUUGGGUUGAAUGUGACAAUAUGAUAAGCUUUAUUAAUAAAUUAACUGUGAACCAAGACACGAGCAGUCAAAUCAGAACUGAACAUGUUGUCAAGAGGUUGCUAGGAUCAUUUUGGCCUUCAACAGACAAACUUGCAGUUUGGUAUAAGCAUAGAGCUAGAGAUAUUGAUUCCUACAGUGGGUUGCUAGACAACUGCCUCUGCUUGAUUGACUUUGCUUGCCAGAAGGGUAUAUAUGAGCUAAAGCAGUUUCAUGAGGAUAUCUCGUACCUGCACCAGUUGGUUUAUGCUGAUAAUGAUGGUGAAAUGAGUAUCAAUAUGAGCCUUGUUUCAUGGGAACAAUUAUCUGACUAUGAAAAAUUUAAAACAAUGCUUCAUGGGUGCAAAGAGCAAAAUGUGGUGGAAUCAUUACGGAACAAGGCAAUCCCAUUUAUGCACAAAAGGUCCUACAGUGUUACCUUGGCUAACCAAGAUCAGAUUGCAGAUGGCCAUUCUGUAGUGGAUCGUACUGAGGCUGGCUCAUUCCUGGUUAGAUGGCUAAAAGAGAUUUCUUUGGCCAAUAAAUUAGACAUAAGCUUGAUGGUCAUUGAGGAAGGGUGUCGGGAGCUCCAAAGCAGUGGCUUCUUCAAGAAUGAGGUUGAAGUUGUAGAUUGUGCUUUGGAAUGUGUGUACUUAUUUACAGUUACAGAUAGGUGGAGCACUAUGUCGGCAAUAUUGUCAAAGCUUCCACAUAAGCAAGAUUCUGAAAUAUGUAUUGGCAUCCUUGAGCAAAGAUGUAAAGUAGCAGAAGGCCAUAUUGAAGCAAGGAGGCUUUUGGCUUUUUACCAGGUCCCAAAACCAAUGAACUUUUUCUUAGAAGCCCAUUCAGAUGAAAAAGGUGUAAAACAGAUUAUCCGCCUCAUACUUUCAAAAUUUAUUCGCAGACAGCCUAGCCGAUCUGAUAAUGAGUGGGCGAACAUGUGGCGUGAUAUGCUGUGCUUGCGGGAGAAGGCUUUUCCUUUUCUUGAUCUUGAAUAUCUGUUAACAGAGUUCUGCAGAGGACUUCUAAAAGCAGGGAAGUUUUCGCUUGCAAGAAGUUACCUAAGGGGUACAAGUUCAGCAUCCUUAGCAACAGAAAAAGCAGAAAAUCUUGUUACUCAAGCUGCAAGGGAGUAUUUCUUCUCAGCUUCAAGACUGUCUUGCUCAGAAAUCUGGAAGGCUAAGGAAUGUCUGAAUUUAUUUCCUAGUAGCAGAAAUGUUAAAGCAGAGGCUGAUAUCAUUGAUGCACUUACAGUUAAACUCCCAUACCUUGGAGUGACUCUUCUACCAGUGCAAUUUAGGCAAAUAAAAGAUCCUAUGGAAAUUAUUAAAAUGGCAGUCUCAAGUCAAGCUGGAGCAUAUCUACAUGUUGAUGAACUAAUUGAGGUGGCCAAACUUCUUGGAUUGAACUCCUUGGAUGAAAUAUCAGCCGUGGAGGAAAUUAUUGCUAGAGAAGCUGCGGUUGCUGGUGAUCUGCAGUUGGCCUUUGAUCUCUGCCUUGGUUUGGCCAAAAAGGGUCAUGGUCUUGUUUGGGAUUUAUGUGCUGCACUAGCAAGGGGUCCUCUUGAGAAUAUGGAUAUAAGUUCUCGAAAGCAGCUAUUGGGUUUUGCUUUGAGCCAUUGUGAUGAGGAGUCAAUUAAUGAGUUGCUCCAUGCAUGGAAAGAUUUAGACAUGCAAGGGCAAUGUGAGACUUUGAUGGCAUUGUCGGGGACAAAUUAUCCAAAUUUCUCCAUUCAAGGUUCCUCAGUCAUCUCACUUCCAGGCUACAGUGUUCAAGUUAUUGUUGACCUGAAAAAUUCAUCUGAACUGGUUGAUGAGUUUAAUAGUACUGAUCAAGAAAUUCAUAUCAGUAGUAUUAAAAAUACACUUUCUAUUGUUGCUAAAAUUCCUCCUGUUGAAAAUGGGACAAAUUGGGACCUGCUUUUGCAAGAAAAUGGAAAGAUUUUAUCUUUUGCUGCCAUACAACUUCCUUGGUUGCUUAAAUUAACUAGAAAAGAAGAUUUCAGUAAGAAAUUCACUUCUGGCUUGAUUCCUGGGAAGCUAUAUGUAAGUGUAAGAACACAUGCUGUAAUAACUAUUUUGUCCUGGUUGGCAAGGAACGGUUUUGCUCCCAGAGAUGAUUUGAUUACUUCUCUGGCAAAAUCAAUUCUAGAACCACCAGUUAUUGAAGAGGAAGAUGUCAUCGGUUGCUCCUUCCUAUUAAAUCUUGUGGAUGCUUUUAGUGGGGUGCAAGUGAUUGAAGAGCAGUUGAACAGGGAAAACUACCUUGAAACUUGUAGUAUUGUGAAAGUUGGAAUGACCUAUAGCAUAUUACAUAAUACUGGAGUUGAUUGUGAAGGUCCUACUCAGAGGAGGGAGUUGCUCCUUGGAAAGUUUAGAGCAAAGAACUCGCCACUUAAUGCUGAUGAUAUAAAUAGGAUCGAUCAAGUACAAUCCUCAUUUUGGAGGGAAUGGAAAUUGAAAUUAGAAGAGAAAAAGCGUGUAGCAGAACAUUCUAGAUUCUUAGAGCAAAUAAUCCCUGGGGUUGAAAAUGCACGUUUUUUGUCUGGUGAUUCCAGUUACAUUGAUGUCAUCUUUUCUCUAAUUGAUUCUCUACAGUUGGAGAAGAAGCACAUUUUGAAGGAUAUUUUGAAAUUGACCGAUACCUAUGGUCUGAACAGAGAAGAGGUAAUCCUUAGGUACUUAACUUUAAUCCUUAUUUCUGAGAUCUGGACCAAUGAUGAUAUAAUGGCUGAGAUCUCAGAAAUUAAAGGAGAAAUACUUGAUUAUGCUGCUGAAACUAUCAAAACCAUAUCAUUGAUCGUAUACCCUGCAGUUGAUGGUUGCAAUAAGCAUCGCCUUGCUUACAUCUAUAGCCUCCUCUCUGACUGCUAUAAGAAAUUAGAUGAAAGCAAAGAACCUUUACCAAUGAUACUCUCCGAUCAAUCACGUGGAUUUUCUCUGGGAUUAAGUCAUUACUACAAGGUUAUUGAGCAAGAAUGUAAAAGAAUUUCCUUUGUGAAAGGCCUAAACUUCAAAAAUAUUACUGGAUUAGGUGGUUUGAAUCUGCAGUGUUUCAGUAAUGAAGUCUAUGCUCAUACAGACGAAUUUAGAUUGGAAGCUUUGUCUGAAAUGGUAAAGACUCUGGUAAGCAUCUAAAAGGAUCCAGUGUCUGAAGGUCUCAUAUCAUGGCAGGAUGUCCACAAACAUUAUAUACUGCGUUCAUUGACAAAUUUGAAGGACAGAAUCAGAGAGUUUAGCAUCAAGAACCCCGAAAAUUUUCUGAACAUAAGCAGUGAACUAGAGCAGAUAUAUGACUUGUGUAGGAAACAUAUUAAACUGUUGGAACCUUCGGAGGCAUUGGACAUUAUGAAGCAAUAUUUCAUUGUAAUUAUACCGCCAGAUGGUGCUUACGGGAAUAUACCUGAUAACUCAACAUGGCAGGACUGCCUGAUCUUCCUUUUGAAUUUCUGGCUCAGAUUGACUGAAGAAAUGCAAGAAUUUGCUUCCACCAAGAUUUCUGUUGAGAAAAACAGCUUCCACCCAGAUUGCUUAAUGAGUUGUUUAAAGGUUUUCAUGAGGUUGGUAAUGGAGGACUCUGUUUCUCCUAGUCAGGGCUGGAGCACCAUUGUUGACUACGUCAACCAUGGUUUAAUUGGUAACCCUUCUCUUGACAUCUUUACUUUCUGCAGAGCCAUGAUAUUUUCUGGUUGUGGUUUUGCAUCUGUUUCCGAACUUUUUGUGGAAGCGCUACAACACCAUGUAACCACUCUUACUGCACCAGCUGCCACUGAAUUCCAGGACAUUUCUCAUCUUUACUUGAAAGUAUUAGAGCCAAUUUUACAAGAUUUGGCUAUUGGACGUAAGGAACACCAAAAAUUAUAUCAGUUGAUGUCAUCUCUGAGCAAUUUGGAAGAUGAUUUGGAUAAGUUAAAGAAAGUAAGGUCUGCAGUUUGGGAAAGAAUUGCCAGAUUCACCGUAGAUCUGCUGCUUGCUAGUAAUGUUCGAGUUAAUGUCCUAGAGCUUAUGCAAUUUAUAACUGGUAAAAGUAUGAAGGGUUUAUCGUCUGAGCUGCAGCUAAAUGUUCAUCCAUGGAUAGGGUGGGAUGAGCCUCUUUAUGCUGGUAACAAGGGCCGAAAUACAUUAAACGAGGGGUAGCCUGAGCAAAUAGAUACUUCCAGCAGGUUUACAAGUACUUUAGUAGCCCUCAGGUCUUCUCAACUUAUGGCAGCCAUUUCUCCGGGCUUUGAAAUUACGCCUGACUACCUCUCAACUGUUGAUACAGCAGUUUCUUGCUUCUUGAAAUUGUGUGGUGUUGCCAAUGCGUAUCCUCAUUAUGAUGUUUUGGUAGCCAUUUUGGAUGAAUGGGAAGGGCUUUUUGUGAUUAAGAAAGAAGAGGAAGCCUCCGCAGUAUUAACUAAUGCAGAAAAUAACUGGAGCAACGAUGAUUGGGAUGAAGGAUGGGAGAGCUUUCAGGAAAUUGAACCUUUGGAGAACGAAAAGAAAGGGGACCAUCUUUUGAUCCAUCCUUUACACAAGUGCUGGACAGAGGUUUUCAAGGGCCUUAUUAAAGCAUCUCGAGUUAGAGAUGUCCUAAAGUUGAUUGACCAGUCCAUUUCCAAAUCCGGUGGAGUAUUGCUCGAUGAAGGUGAUGCGAGGAGCUUGAAUGACAUUGUAGUCGGAGUGGAUUUUUUCGUGGCUUCAAAGAUGAUGCUUUUACUGCCUUAUGAAGGUUUGCAGUUAGAGUCAUUGACUGCGCUCGAAAGCAGGUUGAAACAGGAAGGUACAUCCAACAUAGGCAGUGACCAUGAGUUCUUAAUGCCGGUCCUCUCCUCGGGGAUUUUGACUGUUAUCAACAAACCUUCCUUCGGCACGGUUUUCUCGUAUGUCUGCUAUGUAGUAGGCAAUCUCUCUCGCCAGUUCCAAGAAGCACAAUUGCCAAGGCUUGGAAAGAAAGGAAGCAAUGAGCAUGGGAACACCAAGGGAGACAUCUUGUUUCUAUUUGCAAGAAUCUUGUUCCCCAUGUUCGUAUCGGAGCUUGUCAAGGCAGAUCAGCAGAUUUUGGCUGGAUUUAUCGUCACGAAAUUCAUGCACACAAACGCCUCAUUCCGACUCGUCAACAUUGCAGAGGUAAGUCUCGGGAGAUAUUUGGAGAGAGAACUUCAGGUCCCAGAACACGACAAGACCGCUCCCGACGAAACGAGUUAUGAACCAUUAAAGAACACAGUUUCAAGCUUGACAGAAAAGAUGGGGGAUUCACUUCAAUCCGCCAUGUCACUACUUCCUAGGAAUGAAAGCCAUAGAUAAGCUUGCGGAGCGGAUGUUCAAAACUCAUGGAGGAUUGUAGAAUCAUUGUGGAAACCGGCAAAAGACCAUGAAAAUUAAUGAUCAUCUCUUGUAAUUUUGGAUAAUGUAUACGCGGUCAUCUUUGACCCAAAAUACCUGAGUGGACAAUUCUUUAAU